AUGUCCGAGCACACCUACCCCGAGAUCCAGCGUGGUGCGUCCCUCCUCCUCGCCUGGCGCCUGCAGGACAAGAAGGUCCUCCUCGUCGGCGGCGGUACUGUUGCUGCCUCGCGGCUCGGGUUCCUCCUCGAGGCCGGAGCGCACGUCACCAUCGUCGCGCCCGGCCCACUUGAGUCUUCGCUCGCACACCGCGUCGCCACAGAGCCGGAAUACGUCACGUGGAUCGAACGGUCGUAUGGCCGUCCAGAUGGACCUGAUACGAAGGCAGAGGAUCUCGCAAAGGACAAGACACUGCCAGUUACCGAUUUCGACAUGGUGUUUACGGCGAUUGACGAUAAUCCGCUCUCGCGCGCCGUAUGCGAUGCUGCUCGGGCGGCGCGAGUGCCGGUCAAUGUCGCUGACGUGCCGCCCGAGUGCGACUUCUAUUUUGGGGCGCAGGUGCGACGUGGUCCCCUGCAAGUCAUGGUGUCUACCAGUGGGGCGGGGCCCAAGGUCGCGGUCAUUGUGCGCGAUGUAAUCGCCGACGCCAUUCCAGCGGAUGUCGAGGACGCCAUUGCAGGCGUCGGGGCCCUUCGGACAGAGCUGCGCGAGCGCGCACCCGGUGUGGGCGGUGCGCUCAGCAAGCGCCGCAUGCGCUGGAUGAUCGACACUUGCGACGCAUGGAAGCUGUCUGAGAUGGGUGCAAUGAAGAGCCCCGAGGUCCGCCACAAGCUCCUCGAAGACGGGUGGGAGAAGCACACUGUUCUCAGCGCCCACGAUCUCGGUGUGUCCAAGGCCGAGUUGGAAGUGGUCGGAAGCCAGAUAUCGUCAUUCAUGCACAGCAAGACUUUCUGGCCGAGCGUACUGGGCUUUGUCGCUGGCGCCGCCGUGGCCUCGGCAUCCUUCAUCGCGGCCGCGCGGAGAAAGUAA